UUUUUUAUUGUCAAUCUUAUAAAAUCACAGUCUGAAUUAAUCUCUUGGAUCCAAAAACAAGAACGAGCACUUACAGUUUAAUUAUAAUCUCACGACUCAGCCACCUUUUUGUUCACUUAUUACUAAUUCCUGAACCCUAAUUUGUUUAGUUCUUCUUCGUCGUCGUCCAAAGGUUUCAGAUUCUCUCUCUCGAUAUCCAAAGUUUGUAAAAUCGAGGAUGAGAGAAUCGAAAUCGGCCAAGCUGAAUCAGCUGCAACAACAACAAGAAAGUUACCAGAAUGUUCACUUGUCUCCCUCGAAGUUAGCGAAAUUGUUCGAUCCCGAUGCUUCUUGGGACAAGGAUCAAUUGGGAGAUGUGUUGCAUUGGAUUAGACAAGUGGUUGGAUUGAUCUGUGGAUUGUUAUGGGGCUCUAUUCCUCUUGUUGGUGGCAUUUGGAUCAUUCUGUUUUUGGCAAUAUCCUCAGGGAUCGUUUACGGUUACUAUGCAAUGAUUCUCAAGGUUGAUGAAGAAGAUUUCGGAGGCCAUGCAGCUUUACUCCAAGAGGGUCUCUUUGCGUCACUUACUCUCUUUUUGCUCGCAUGGAUUCUUGUCUAUAGCUUGGCACACUUCUGAACAAAGAAAGCUGAGCAACAUUCUUUUUUUACUCAGCAGCGAAUGCUCGUUCUCCAUUACCUCAGAACUUUGGAACGGAUCUCUGUUUUUUUUUGGUUUUGUUUUUGUAAACUAUCUGAAGAGACAAAAGGUUAUAGUAACAAUUUUAUGAAUCUUUUGAAUGUUACAAAAGCUUUUCUA